AUUAGUUGCAUACUUGUACGUUAAAAAACACACAAUUUGCAAUAUGAGCAAAAAUACAAUAACCAAAUUAGAAACCCUAAAAAUCACUUUAAUUCCACGAUAUCCAACACCAUAAACAUUUAGGCAACUAUAUAUAUAUAGCUGUCCCCCUCUACUAUAUGUAUACCUUAAAACCUAAACACAUUUCCUUUUAUCUCUACCCUAUCUUUUUAACUGUUUCUUCCCUUUCUCAAUCACCAACAUUCAGCAAGCAACUAACAUAAUCUAUCUUAUCCUCUCUUGUUUAAUUAGCUUCUUCUUCUUCUAUGAUGAACACCAACAUGAUGGAAGACAAAGUGGGCUCGGAGUUGGCUCCACCACCUCCGGAACAUCUUUGCUAUGUUCGGUGCAACUUUUGCAACACUGUCCUCGCGGUUGUGAUUCCGUGCAAGAGGUUGUUGGACACGAUAACAGUGAAAUGUGGGCAUUGUAGUAAUGUAUCUUUUCUGAGCACCAGGCCUCCUCUCCAAGGGCAAUGUCUUGACCACCAAAUUACCCUUCAGGGGUUCAAUUUCUUGGAGAAACCAGGGGGUUUUUGCAGCACCAUUGAUCAUCACAGCAACAAGAAAAGCGAACCAUCUCCUUCGAUGUCAUCCACCUUAACCGAGCCUGUUUCUCCAAGGCCAUUUGUUUGUAAACCUCCUGAGAAGAAGCAUAGGCUUCCAUCCGCUUAUAAUAGAUUCAUGAAGGAGGAGAUUCAGCGCAUCAAAGCAGCAAAUCCUGAGAUACCUCAUAGAGAGGCUUUUAGCACAGCCGCAAAGAACUGGGCAAGGUUUCUUCCGCACACCCCAGCUGGGUCACUUUCGGAGAGCAGCAACACCAAUUAAACUACAUACUUCGGAAGAGGACGCCUUCUCUUUCGAAUCAGACGGCUUUAAUAUAUAUAUGGUUGUAGUAGGGCAAGAAAGAAGUAGAGGAUUAGUUAGUACACCUUUGUAUUCAGAUCAUCGUCUAGUAUUAUGUUAUCCUUAAUUAUGUUUCAGUUUCACCUGUAACUGCAUGAUGAGAUCGCUAAGCUAAGCUAGCUAAGUACUUUAAAUGCAAUAUAAGUUUAAUAUGCAGUUAUGUUAUUUGAGCCGUCUUUUCCAUAACUUCAUC